CAGCGAGGCUGCAGACGGCAGAAAUCACGAGAAUAUCAAAGCGCCGCCGUUGAUUGGUCCGCUCUAUUUGGUCUCCUCCAUUGCGGGAUGGGGCUCCCCGUCAUCCGUUGUUCCACUUGCUGUGCCGUCCGACAGCCUGGUGAGCAGCGGAAUGGCGCACACACACUAAGGGAGGCGCCCGGCAGCCCUCAACCCCAACCAACACGAGCCGCGCCAAUGAUGUCUUCGCUGCUGCUGCCACCUGCCUGCAGGGACUCUGCAUGCGGGUGUGUGCGUGCUCCCCUCUGGCUGUAGCUGCGAGGAGAGGAGACUUCGAUCAUGGGGCUGCUCAUCACGGUAAGCACAGAUCUGGAGGGGGAGAAGCACACCCAGAAUGUUCAGAUCUCGAUCUUUGAACGCCAUCUCUGUGUGUUCAGCUCUUCAUCAUCAUCAAGUUCAUCUGCAUGCUGUCCUGCUGCGGUGUGUGCAUUGGGGCAGUCAUCCAAGCCAUCCAAGCUGCGGACGACUACGGCACCGACCAAGUGCGGAGAAAAGGGGGCUGGGUUGAUGAGGGAAUGUGCGAUGACAUAUCCCUCUUGCAUGUCUGUUCAGGGAUACAUCUCUCUGUCAGACGUGGACGCGGCAUUGGUACGGUCAGAUAGACAGAAAGACAGAUAGGCAGGCAGGCAGCCUCUCGCUUCAUCGCCCUUGAUUGAUUGAUUGAUUGAUUGAUUGGCAUCGUUCACUGAAGGACGUCACAAUUGACACCAUUGUUGAGCUGUCUACCGCCCUGCCUUUCUCGUAGGAUGGCGACCACACGCCAGCUGCCAACACUGCCAAAGCCAGUAAGCAAAUUAGGGCUCAAAGCUCUGCACGUGUGUGGUUCAAUGUCCUUCCUGAUGCAGGGAUUGUUCUGCUGAGGUUCGUCGUGUCCAUGUUGGUCAUCUGUGCCCUGACGUCCGGUUACCUCCAGUGGUUCAGAGGCCAAAACGCCGCCAACCAGAGCGUGAACUUCCUCGUCGCCUGCCUCGAGGUCGCUACGGUUCUGUACAUGUACGCUCUUGUCACGGCUUACGCCUACUCGGUCUGGUCGAACGUGUGAGGGCGUAUUGAUGGGACAGAUUGAGCAGUGAUCAUGUGUUAUGUGCCUACACAGUGGGACGUACGCUUUCGAAUGAGUGAGUGAGUGAGCAUAUUGAUGGAUUUUUUCAUCGAGUGAAUGAAGUCAAGGACGCAUCAUUCAUGAACAAAGUACGUCGACUUCAU